CAGGGUGCGGAGCCGACCUCGUUCCUGGCCGAGCCGUGUCGAGCCGAGCCGAGCCAAAUCCCGAGCAGUGGAGCCGAGCCGAGCCGAGCCAAAUCCCGAGCAGUGGAGCCGAGCCGAGCCGAGCCAAAUCCCGAGCAGUGGAGCCGAGCCGAGCCGAGCCAAAUCCCGAGCAGCGGAGCCGAGCCGAGCCGAGCCGAGCCGAGCCGUGCCGUGCCGCCCCGUUCCCCGUGGCUCCUCCCGCUGCUCCUCCCGCCCGGCGAUAUUUAACCUGGGCCGGGUGGGGAGAGGCAACGCGCAGAGAGAGCGGCUUCCAGCGGAGCCGACACCGGGACCGGGCAGCCCCGCCGGCAGCAGCCGCCCCGGCCACGCCAUGAGAGCAGCGCUGGGUUGCAUCACCCUCGCUCUGUGCGCUCUACAGCUGCCCCACGGCCGAGCCCUGCCCCACGGCCGCUCUCCCAAGCACAGGGAACCCCCAGAUCGGAGACUCCCCCCGGCCAUUCUGCGCUUACCCCACCGGCACCCACCGUCGCCCCACGGGGAGCCUCCCCCAGGGCUACAAUCCAACCUCAGACUCAAACAGCUCAUCAUCCCUCGCCCCCAACCGGCCCUAUGGCACGGCCCCAAGCCGUCCCCAAGGCACAGACACCGACACCCCCCGGGGCAGAGGGGCCGGCGUCACGUCGGGGUUCGGCUGCACCGCGCUCAGCCGCUGCGGGUGGGCUGCGUGCUGGGCACGUGUCAGGUGCAGAACCUCAGCCACCGCCUAUGGCAGCUGAUGGGCCGCCCAGGCCGCCAGGACUCAUCCCCCAUGAACCCCAACAGCCCCCACAGCUAUGGGUAAAGGGUUUUUUUCCCCCCCCCCUGCUUCUCCCCCUUCCCAGGACUGUGUGGGUCGGGUAGGAGCUGACACUAAAGCACUUCCAGCAGCUGUGGGCUCCUGUGCGCCUUUCUGUGGGAUCCCUGCAGGGGAUGGGGCAGCAGGGGGGUGGUGAAACCUCACAGGUGGUGAAACCACACCCGUGGAGGGGAUG